AUGGCUGCUUCUGCCCUGCUGAAGAGCCGCGUUCGCCGGCCCUCGUAUCUGCAAAAGCUCGCCAAGGCAGAGGAUCUCAUCGAUCUCUUCCCGCAUGGCUCGUACAUCGGCUGGUCCGGUUUCACGGGUGUUGGGUAUCCCAAAAAAGUCCCCACCGCACUAGCCGACCAUGUUGAGAAAAACAACUUGCAAGGCCAGCUCAAAUACACGCUAUUCGUUGGGGCGUCGUCCGGCGCGGAGACUGAAAACCGCUGGGCGCGCCUGAAUAUGAUUGAGCGACGCAGCCCGCACCAAGUGGGCAAGGAGAUCGCCAAGGGGAUCAACAGUGGGCAGAUCAAGUUCUUUGACAAGCAUCUGAGCAUGUUCCCCUCGGACCUGGUCUAUGGAUACUACACUCUCAACAAGCCCCAUAACAAGCUCGACGUGGCCGUGAUCGAGGCCUCGGCCAUCACGGAGAAUGGCGGCAUUAUUCCCGGCGCCUCCGUGGGCGCCUCGCCCGAGCUAGUCCAGAUGGCCGAUAAGGUGGUCAUCGAGGUCAACACGGCGAGCCCGUCGUUCGAGGGGCUGCAUGAUAUUGUCGGGUCCGACCUACCCCCCGGCCGCAAGCCGUACUUGAUCAUGGCCCCCGAGGACCGCAUCGGGACAUCCUACAUCCCCGUCGACCCGGAGAAGGUUGUCGCUAUUGUCGAGUCUGACUACCCGGACCAGACGCAGCCCAACGCCCCAGAGGAUGCCGACUCCCAGGCGAUCGCGAGCAACCUCAUCGAGUUCCUCAAGCACGAGGUCAACCACGGCCGUCUACCACCAAACCUGCUACCCAUCCAGUCGGGCAUUGGCAACAUCGCCAACGCCGUGGUCGGGGGGCUGAGCAAGGGCGGAGCAGACUUUACUCACCUGAAGGUAUGGACUGAGGUGCUGCAGGACUCGUUCUUGGAUCUGUUCGAUAGUGGGAACCUCGACUUUGCCACCGCAACCUCCAUCCGCUUCUCGCCCGAUGGAUUCAAGCGUUUCUACGAUGGAUGGGAACGCUACGCCGGCAAGCUGCUCCUGCGCUCGCAGCAGGUCUCGAACUCACCUGAGAUUAUUCGCCGUCUGGGUUGUAUCGGCAUGAACACCCCCGUCGAGGUGGAUAUCUACGCUCAUGCUAACUCCACCUGCGUUAUGGGCUCGCGCAUGCUGAAUGGCCUCGGUGGCUCUGCGGAUUUCUUGAGAAAUUCCAAGUACUCGAUCAUGCAUACGCCCAGCUCGCGGCCUAGUAAGACCGAUCCUACGGGUGUCAGCUGCAUUGUGCCUUUUGCGACGCAUAUCGACCAGACGGAGCAUGAUCUGGACGUGGUUGUGACUGAGCAGGGUCUCGCCGACGUCCGCGGCCUCUCUCCUCGCGAGCGCGCCCGCGUCAUCAUCGACAAAUGCUCCCACCCAGAAUACAAGCCCAUCCUACAGGACUACUUCGACCGCGCCGAGUUCGAGUGUUUGAAGAAGGGCAUGGGCCAUGAGCCGCACCUGCUCUUCCAGGCGUUCAAGAUGCACCAAAACCUGCAGGAGAAGGGCACGAUGAAGAUCGACUCGUGGGACUAA